AUGGCCGACACCACAGAAAGCGAGGUCUGGGCGGAGCAAGAGGCAAGAGAUGAGGAAGCGAUCAGGCAGUACAACGCGAGCUUCCUCGAGAAUGGCGAAAUCUCGAAAUUCGUCAACGAUAUCAACAGCGGCGCUGCCAUCAGCCAAGAAGGCAAAGCCGACGAUGCCAUCGACUUCGAGGACAUUGACCUGAGCGACGAAGAUGACCUACCCGACGAGGAACCGAACACCUCGGGCACAAAUGGCGACCUUCCAGGCCUCACCGAUGACGGUGGGACGAGUAACGAUACCGACGACCUCUUCGGCGGAGACCCAGUUUCGUCGCCGAUCGACCCCAUCCUCGACGACCUUAGGUCAUCUCCCCACCCGCUUGACGCCGACGGCGACGAACACAUAGAUCUUGGCCAUGACGACGGGCAGACCAUCGAAGAGCUCCGAAACCUAAACUUCAACCACGAGCAAGAUCCCGAAGUCACCAACCAAGACCCAAACAUUCCUCCCCCUGCCGAAAACUUUCUAGAUGCUGUGAAGCAGGCCUGGCCGGGUUUCGAAGAGAAUGCCAUUCUCAACUGGAACGAGCUCCUGCGCCCGAAGCAGGCGACCUGGAUUUCCAAGAAACCAGCCAAGCCUCCAAAGCCCUUGAUUCCGUCCAAGCUUAGCCUGGAAGUUGAUGUUGACCAAGAGAAACUCUUUCGAAUCCCGGGCCCCGCCUCGUCUUCGGUGUAUCAAAGGAUUAGGGAGGCCGAGUCUCGCGGCCGAGUCUCCCUCGAAGAGCCUGAGCCGCUCGAGCAAGCCGAUCUCGAGGUCUUCAACCUCGACGACGAGUCUGAUUCCGAGCUGAUGGGAGGGCUCACUCUCCUUGAUAUUGAAAUCAUAUGCGAUGACUAUGACUCUAUGAUCCACCUAGGCGAUGACUGGGACUCGGCCCACAAUGGCACCCUUGGCAAUAAUGACAACAACGGCGUAUCUGGCGCCGCACUUGGUCAAGACAACGGUUUCGUUAAGGACGAGCCUUUUGACGACGAAGUUGACGACGCCGAGUGGGAUCAAAUGUUUGGGGAUCCUUCCCCCAAGAGAAAGCGGGUUGAAAUACCCCGCGGGCUGCCCUCCAUCUCUCGGUUUAUAGCCCCAAACUUCGACGAUUUCGAGGAAGUCACCGCGAGGCUUGGGAAGCGUGUCAUUCUCGACAUCAACGACCCUUAUCUCCUCAUCGACGACGUCGAGUCGGAGCGGGCAGUCAAGCGACGAAAAAUCCAACACAAGACGGUGCGCAUGGCAAACGGAAAGUAUGCCGGGAUUCUUUCCCAGCGAUUCGACUUCUCCUCCGACGCUGCCUACGACGCGUUGAAGGAGAACAACCAAAACAGGGUCCGGGCAACCCUUGCUGCCAUCCCAGUUGAGCACAGCAUGACAGCGCAGAGACUUGCGUGGCCAUACUACAGAGUCAAGCUUGCAGCCAGCGAUCCUCACAGCUACCACCGACCGCAACUUCACCCUAAGAAGGAGGCGUUUGGGUCAAUCAAGUUCGCGAAGCCUAACACUGUGAAGCGUAAGACACUGAAGGGCAGGAGGAUUAGCGAGAUCUUUCACGAUUCGCGCGACCUGUCACUGAAUGACAACUCGACCGCGAUCCUGUUCGAAUACUGCGAGGAGAUUCCCACUGUUUUGUCAAACUUUGGCAUGGGCCAGAAGAUUGUCAACUAUCACCGACGUGCUAAGGGCGCUGACUCUCGUCCCGAGAAGCGUGAGCUUGGCGAAACUUCUAUCCUCAUGCCGGAAGACCGGUCUCCCUUCGCCAUAUUUGGCCAGGUGAAUCCUGGAGAGGUUGUGCCCACUUUGCAUAAUCAGAUGUUCCGUGCCCCUAUUUUCAAGCACACGCCGCGAGGCACCGACUUCCUCGUUGGCCGUACCACAACCGGCCAGCACGGGUCGUCUUGGUACAUCCGGAACAUCGAUCAUCUGUUCGUGGUUGGGCAGACACUUCCAUCCAUGGAAGUGCCAGGGCCUCAUUCUCGGCGCGUUACGAAUAUUGCCAAGAAUCGUCUCAAGAUGGUAUCUUACAGGCUUUUGCGACAGAAUGAACACGUCACGCUGCAUGACAUCACUCGCCACGUUGCCGAGUCCAACGAGUCCCAGAACCGGCAGAAGCUCAAAGAGUUCCUGCGUUUCCGCAAGGAUACCAAGGAUUGGCAACUUCCCGAGGGAGAAGGGCCAAUGACUGAGAAGUACAUUCGCAGCCUUGUUAGACCAGAGGAAGUAUGUCUCUUGGAUGCGAUGCAGGUCGGCGCUCACGAGCUCGAGAACGGCGGCUACGAAAUCAACGACGCGCAAUUCAAGGAUAAGGAUGGGGAAGAAGAUGCCCCAGACGAACUUCCGCCCGAUGCCCUCGCUAACAAGAUGGCACCGUGGAGACUUACCAAGGCCUUCAUUGAUGCGAGCCACGGGAAGGCCAUGGUUGCUGUCCAUGGCGCUGGCGACCCAACGGGCAAGGGCUUGGGAAUUAGCUUCCUCAGGACGUCAAUGAAGGGUGGCUAUCUCGAGCAGCUACAGGGGCCACUAGCAACGUCAGCCGAUGCCAUAGAACGGCAGCGCAAGGCGAAUGGUGGCCACAUGUACAACGUCAAGAACCAGGACAGUCUCUACACCGAGGCGCUCACGGAUAUCUGGAAUCGGCAACGGGAGAGUCUCGAGGACUCGCAGGAGCACGAUGACGACGACGUUCUCGCUCAAGAAGAUGAGGAUGAACGGUUCAAUACCCAGAAUCAGGGCGCCCCGGCCCCGGCCCCGGCCGACGGCAUGAGCCAAGUGAGCCAGAGCGCAGCUAGCGCUCUCAACCGGAAGAAAUUGAAGAUCACGAGAGAGGUUACGCGGGAGAAUGGCGAGGUUCAGACCAUCACGGAGAUUGUACACGAUCCCAUCGUCAUUGGUCAAUACCUGAAGAAGCGACGCCAGCAGGACCUUGAACAGAUAGACAUCUACUCCGUCAAGCUUACCCAGGAUCAAGAGCGAAACAAGAUGAUCCUUGAUUUGGCUCGCAAGGAACAGGAGCGACUUGAGAAGAACAAAGAGCGUCGUAAGAAGCGCGAAAAGCAAAAGAAGCUCCAGCAAAAGAUCAAGACGGGCGGUGUCGAGGGAGACGAGGGCGCCUCUCCUGAACCCACGACGGAGAAAGCCACGGGGACUACCCGUAAAUGUGCAAACUGUGGUCAGAUCGGCCAUAUCAAGACUAAUAAGAAACUCUGUCCUCUACUCAACGGUUCGCGGCCGCACGAUCCAAACCAGGACGAGAGCGCCGGUUUCGGCUCGCUCAACGCCCCUUUCGCUGCUAGUUUUGUCAGCAAUGGCUAA